CGAGGGAGCGACCUCCCGGGGGUUUUAAAGUGUGCUGUGAAACUGUAGCAGCAGCUGUUCGGGACGUGUAUCUGGAUCCCCCCUCGAGCCAGAGCUGUCAGUGGACUGUGGUUGGAGAGGACUGAACACAAUGCGAACCAGAUGUGUAUUUCCAAGGGCUGCUGUCGGCCCCGGACAUGUGCAGCACUGCACCGCCCGCGCGCGCCGUCCCGCUGGCCACCAGUAACCGAGCCCGGAGGUCCGAGUCCGGCUGAAGAUGUUUAUCUUGUGGGUCCCGGUGAGUUUAUUCCUCAGCUUCAUCGUUUCCCAGACGUGGAGCGUUCAAAUGCCGUGGGAUACCUGGGACGCCGAGCUGCGCAACCGAGGGAACGAGUUUGAUAAAUCGAGCUCUCAGCCGCACAUCGUGUUCAUCCUGGUGGAUGAUCAAGGCUUCCGGGAUGUCGGGUACCACGGCUCCGAGAUCAAAACCCCGACCCUGGACCGGCUGGCAGCGGAGGGAGUCAAGCUGGAGAAUUAUUAUGUGCAGCCGCUCUGCAGCCCGUCCAGGAGCCAGCUCAUGACCGGCAGGUAUCAGAUCCACACAGGCCUUCAGCACUCCAUUAUUCGAGCUACCCAGCCCAACUGCCUGCCCUUGGAUAAUGUCACCCUGCCCCAGAAGCUCAAGCAAGCAGGCUACUCCACCCACAUGGUGGGCAAGUGGCACCUGGGCUUCUACAAGCGUGGCUGCCUGCCCACCAAGCGCGGCUUCGACACUUUCUUUGGCUCCCUGCUAGGAAGCGGGGACUAUUACAGUCACUAUAAAUGUGAAGGACCCGGUAUGUGUGGCUAUGAUUUGUAUGAAGGGGAAGAGGCAGCUUGGGAACAGGACCGCGGCGUGUACUCGACUAUGAUGCUUACUCGAAAGGCUAUCAGCAUCCUAGCCAAUCACAAACCUCGCAAACAACCCUUGUUUCUCUACUUAGCCUAUCAGGCUGUUCAUUCCCCACUGCAAGUUCCUGCUCGCUACCUCGAGCGCUACAAGGGCAUUCCAAACUUGCAUCGUCGUAAAUAUGCCGCCAUGGUGUCCUGUCUGGAUGAAGCUAUCCACAACCUCACGUUGGCGCUAAAACGUUACGGUUAUUAUGACAACACAGUUAUAGUGUACUCCUCAGAUAACGGAGGCCAACCAUUAGCAGGUGGAAGCAACUGGCCCUUAAGGGGAAGUAAAGCCACCUACUGGGAAGGGGGGAUUCGGGCGGUGGGCUUUGUUCACAGUCCCCUGUUGGUAAACAAAGGGACGAAAUGUCGAUCCUUGGUCCACAUCACUGAUUGGUUCCCUACACUGGUGACCCUGGGUGAAGGGACUUUAGACGAAGACCUAAAUCUGGAUGGGUACGAUGUCUGGGAGGCUAUCAGCGAAGGCCGCCCAUCUCCUCGCCAGGAUAUUCUUCAUAACAUCGACCCAAUCUACAUCAGAGCCAAGAAUGGUUCGUGGAAGGCUGGGUAUGGCUUAUGGAACACUGCCAUCCGGGCUGCGCUCCGUGUGGGCCACUGGAAACUCCUGACGGGUGUUCCUGGCUACAGCGACUGGGUGCCCCCGCAGACCUUCUCCAACCAGCGACUAACCAACCGCUGGCAUAAUGAGCGUGUCCAUUGGGACCGGGGUAAGUCCAUCUGGCUGUUCAACAUCACAGCCGACCCUUAUGAGAGAGUGGACUUGUCCCAGCGCUACCCUCACAUAGUGAAGAAGAUGCUCAUACGGCUAGCGCAGUACAACAGGACUGCGGUGCCGGUACGUUACCCGGCUAAAGACUUGCGCUCCAACCCUCAGUACAAUGGAGGCGUGUGGGGACCCUGGUACAAAGACACCAGGGAGGAGCAAGAGGAGGAUGAGAGAUACAAUAACUUGUUCACCAACCAUCUUGGAAAAAGAAGGUGGAAAAAGAAAUCAAAUAACAGAAAGCUGAAAAGGAAGGUAGAAUAG